AUGGAGUAUCCUGAUCCAGAUACAAUAAGGAUCCUAGUCACCACCGACAAUCAUGUGGGCUACAACGAAAACGAUCCCAUUACAGGUGACGAUUCCUGGAAAACUUUCCAUGAAGUUAUGAUGCUAGCUAAGAACAACAACGUAGACAUGGUCUUACAGUCAGGGGACCUUUUCCAUGUAAAUAAGCCUUCCAAGAAAUCACUGUAUCAAGUGCUAAAGAGUUUGAGAUUAUCUUGCAUGGGUGACAAACCUUGCGAACUGGAAUUAUUGAGCGAUCCCUCCCAAGUUUUCCAUUAUGACGAGUUCACCAAUGUUAAUUAUGAAGACCCGAACUUUAAUAUCUCUAUUCCUGUCUUUGGCAUAUCAGGUAAUCAUGAUGAUGCUUCGGGAGACUCACUGUUAUGUCCUAUGGAUAUACUCCAUGCUACUGGCCUAAUCAAUCAUUUUGGUAAAGUCAUUGAAUCUGAUAAAAUAAAAAUCGUGCCAUUGUUAUUCCAGAAGGGGUCUACCAAGCUAGCAUUGUACGGACUAGCUGCUGUUCGCGAUGAAAGGUUAUUCAGAACUUUUAAAGAUGGUGGCGUCACUUUCGAAGUGCCAACUAUGCGUGAAGGUGAAUGGUUUAAUUUGAUGUGUGUUCAUCAAAAUCACACUGGCCACACUAACACUGCAUUUCUACCUGAACAAUUUCUUCCUGAUUUUCUGGAUCUGGUAAUAUGGGGCCAUGAGCAUGAAUGUAUACCAAAUCUUGUACACAAUCCGAUGAAGGGUUUCGAUGUCUUACAACCUGGUUCAUCUGUAGCCACAUCUCUUUGUGAAGCUGAAGCACAACCCAAAUAUGUGUUCAUUCUCGAAAUAAAAUAUGGAGAGGCACCAAAAAUGACUCCUAUUCCUUUAGAGACUAUACGUACAUUCAAAAUGAGAUCCAUUUCGUUACAAGAUGUUCCUCAUUUGAGACCUCAUGAUAAAGAUGUAACUUCCAAAUACCUCAUCGAACAAGUGGAAGAAAUGAUCGAGGAAGCCAACGAGGAGACCAAGCGUAAACUUGGAGACGAUGCUGAUGGUGAUAUGAUCUCCGAAUUACCCAAGCCAUUGAUCAGAUUGCGUGUUGACUAUAGUGCACCUCCCAAUAAACAGUCUCCAAUUGAUUACCAAGUUGAAAACCCGCGCAGAUUUAGUAAUCGCUUUGUAGGGCGUGUGGCUAAUGGUAAUAACGUCGUUCAGUUUUAUAAAAGAAGAUCUCCUGCUACUAGAUCGAAGAACCUCGGUCUAAAUGGAACAAAUAUUAGUGAUAGAGAUGUAGAGAAACUCCUGAACGAAAGCGGUGGCGAACUGGAAGUUCAAACUUUGGUCAACGAUCUCUUGAACAAAAUGCAGCUAUCUCUCUUACCGGAGGUUGGUUUAAAUGAAGCAGUGAAGAAGUUUGUAGAUAAAGAUGAAAAAACAGCAUUAAAAGAAUUUAUCAGUCAUGAAAUAUCAAAUGAAGUGGAUAUAUUGUCUACAAAUAAUGAAUUUCUACAAACUGAAGAUACAGAGGAGAUGAAAGCGCUUAUAAAACAAGUCAAACGUGCUAAUUCUGUUAGGCCAGCCACUCCCAUGGAAAAUGACGAGGCCAGUCUUUCACUUGAUAACAACCGACUGAGUUCUUUUCAACCCAGUAAUGAAUUACGCCGGGACAAGCCUUCAAGUACUGCUCAAUCUCAUGUUAGUAAGGAAGCAGAAGUAGACCGUACAAAAGAAUUUGAAAGUGUUAAACCAACAAAGAAAACUAGGUCUACACGAACCGUAAGAAGAAAAAAAACUGCUGCUCCUUCAGACUCGAUUGUUAUAUCCGAUGCAGAAAAUGAAUUCGAAGAUGAUAAUGAUGCUCGAGUCGAUGAUGUUGAUGUUGAUGAAGAUGAUAUAAUUAUGGUCAGUACUGACGAAGAGGAUGCAAGUUACGGCUUGAUUAGUGGUAGGAAAACAAAAAGAAAGAGCCGUUCGCCUGCAGGUACGAAGGCUUCCUCCACGAGAGGUAAAGGAAGAGCAAAAGCGACAAGGACGCCAAAAACGGAUAUCCUUGGAAGCCUCCUUGCUAAAAAGAGGAAAUAG